CUUGUGUCAUGGCCGAACACGUGUAGAAGAUAAAUGAUGAUUCUUGUUGCUUUCUCGCCCUCGUUCUAGCAUUAGAGUAGUGWAUUGAGGAGAAUUAGWCCCCAUAGCCAUCAUGGGGGUUCAAGCCCUGCAAGACUAUGUUGAAUCCCAUUGUGCAAAAGCAUGUCAACUUGUAGAAAUGAAAGAUUUUGUAAAGGAACGUAAGGCUAGUGGCUUGGAAGCAGUUCUUGUGGUCGACGCGUUCAGUUGUGUGCGAUACUUGUACGGAUAUAAUUCAGACUGGGUUUGCGGAGGACAAUGGAGCGAAAUGCUAAGAAAUGUUGAGAACUUUGUGCGCUCUUUUCGUCAACAUAAUAUACAAAUCGUAGCUUUCCUAGCUGGCGAAGGGGAAUCAGCUCGCAUUUUCGACUGGAUCAAAUCWCARGAACAAAAUAGACAGACCGUGCACAAAGUACUAAAUCACGUWAAUCGCCAGGCAAAUUUCCCGCCUAAAAGACUAUUCUUUCUUCCACCUGCAGCUAAAAUGUGUCUGCGUYUAGCGUUUCGAAGCUGCGGAGUAUCUGUAUGUUGCUCAUUCAAAGACUUGCAUCAAGAACUUGUUUCUUACUGCAGGGAUGGGAAAUGUUGUGGAUUAAUUGGUCAUGACUCUGCCUACCUCUUACUWAACCCGCCAGCUUACCUCUCGUCAGAGCAGCUAACCGUUAACAAGAAGAAUCUAACAUUAAAGCAUUUCGAUUUGAAYAUGGUAUUCGGUGAAAUGGGUCUCAAGCCUUCGCGCCUUGGUUUGUUUGCAAGUCUAUUAGGGACUUCAUUCAUUUCUGAAGAAGCUCUUGCGCCCUUUCACUGGGCACUGAUUGGAUCUGAAAAGCCAGCAUCUAAGAAUCAGACAAAUGGUCAAUCUGUACUUCCACCAAACAAUGUCGUUAUUAGAAAGAUGGUGGAAUAUGUCAAUCAAAUAGCAGAUAUCACAAACUUCACAUGGAUAAUUGCACAAGUUUUCAAAGAUAGCAAUGUUGAUCUGAAUUCCAUGGAACAAGCCUUAAGACAAUCUGUACAGUACUACAAUGGUAAUCGUGUCGUUAAUGAUGAAAAAAGYGAGCAACAGUACGCCAAAGGCAAGGACGAGCACCUGUACAAGAAAAGAUGGCAACACUGGCAGCAACAUCAAAUGAAUUCUCAACCUCUUAUCAAUGCUCAAACUGAAGAAACUAAUGGUAAAGACCAUGAAUAUGAAGACAUAGAUAAACUACAAGAGAAUUUUCAACAAUUAAGUGUAGAGAACAAUGGUGUUAGUGAGCUUGCCUCACCAUCCAGUCCCCCCAGAGAGUCCAACAUGGCCGAAACAGUAGCAGCGUCACCAUUAUUUCAGGGUGAGAUGUUGUCACCUCCUUUGUGUUUCCCUACACCACCCCCCUCAGUAGAAGGUUCACCAAUGCCUGUCAAAGAGCAAGCAGCUAAAGUAGCAGAGCCGGUUACUGUCAACMCACAGCCUCUAAAAGGAGUAAUAAAUACCAUAACACCAGAAGUCCUUGAAAUAGUAAAACAGCGACAUCAAGCUGGACAGAUGAAUGAAUAUGUUUACCAAGCAAUAACAAAAGCAGAGAUCACUGUUGGAGCUGCCUUGGAAGACGAGCACAAUGUUGACUUCCAGCCCUCGCCGCUGCUAUAUCGCCCUAUCAGACAACAUGUAUAUGGAAUAUUGUUUGAUAAGAAAGCCUAUGAGAAAAAGGAAGGAAAACACGACCCGCCACCUGCAGUAAAGGAAUGGUGUGUAUACCGUGGUGAAAAGCUAGACAAGUAUGACUUGGUAGAGGGUGUUAGUAUGAAAUGGAAUAUACCAGAGCUGCACCAGUUGUGGUUUGGUGAAGCACAGUGCGAUAACUURAACCGCAUGAAAGCAUUUUUGACAUGUAUGCAGAGUGAUACGCCGCACAUCAUCAAAACAACAAUGGUUCCACAGAGACUCAUUAUCAUGUGUUGUGUGUUAAGAUAUCUUAUCCAACAAGGGAAACCAGGCCAGCCUGUCAUUCAUUCUCAUGAACUGGACACCUUUCUUGCCGCUGCUCUGUCACCUCACAUCAGCUCCGAGUUCAACCCAGCAAACCUCAGCCARCUGAAACUGAUGCGUGUGGAARUCMGGGGGGUGCAGCUUGCAUCUGUUUUUAUGCAGGGUGUGCAAGCCGCAGCCUUUGCCAAUGAUGCAUGUGGGUGCCCUGUUCCUUGGGAGCUUGUCUGUCCGUGGAAUUACUUUGAUGGGAAGUUAUUCAUGUCUAAGUACCUCCAGGCUGUAAAUGAUCUGUCCUUGCUGGAAAUGUGCGAUGGAAAGAAUGCAAGGCUGGAGAAGCUACAAAGAAUGCGCUGGUGUAUAACUGACGGGGUCCCCCCGGAGCUGCUUGGUGUAAGACUUCCCAUGUCUGGAUUCCAUGGUAUGGGAAUGCCAGGUCCUCCAAACAUGCCACCAUUCUUUGGUGUACCACCCAACAUGCCAGGAAUGCAUGGUUACUGUAUUCCAGCCGGUGCCAGGAUUCCUCAACAGAUACCACUAACUGAACGACCCCGUGCAAGGGGUAUUAGCAGCAAACGCCCGGUAUCAGGUCUCGGCGGAACCCUGGAAGUUGCUGGUGUACCUGUGGCUAACUGGGGAGGAAACAGGGCGGGGMGAGAUUACAAUGAGCGUAAUCGCAUUGUCGCUGGUGGUGCUGAAAGUGUAGAGCUUCCUUCACGAGGGCGCAGUCGAGGAGGUCGUGGCGGACGUGGUGGACGUCGAGGAGGUGGAGGUCUUUGGACGAACACAAGGAAUGUCACGUGGGCUKUGGAAGUAGAUAAGGAKUACGACCGUCGCAUUGGUUACAAAGAUCCUAAUACUCGACCACCWAAUAUGCAUAUGAUACCAGACCAGAACAUGCCACAACAUCACAUGGGAUAUGGUAAUGACGGACAGAUGGUUCAGCACACUCAAGGCUAUGGCGCYAAUGUACCAAAUACAACCAUGCCAGACCAACCUGUGCACCCCACCACGCCCUACACUCAACCCCUUGUACAGCAGCCCCCCAUGAAYAUCCAYAUGGUSAUGAACCCGCCACCGGCUAUCCACAACGAAGACAAAGCUCCAUUAGGACAUGUCCAUAUUCUUUCGAAGCCAUCAGAAAAGCUCGCAACUCAAGGGCGGGGCAGGGGGAUUGCCGCAACACUAAAUAAUGUUUCAGGGAAUGUUAAACCAGGUCCACCCUCAAUUGGUCGUGGAUUUCUCCUCGAAAAGCCACAGCAAUCUCCUGCCACGUGACUUCGAUAAACGCGUUGGUCGUGGUUAGUCGGCUUUAUUGAACAGUAACAGAGGCAUCUUAUGCAACUAUACGUCUAAAGAUUGCUAUAUCAUCUUGUUAGAUAUGGUAGAUCCUAUUGUUUUUCCUUAGUAAUAUUAUUGGUGGUAGUACAUGAACACUCGAUUCUUUAUCUUUCAAAUAUAACAAAAUAUCCAAAUUAUAUUAUAAGUUUUUCAGUAUUAAAAGAUUACUAGUUCCAGGUUCUUAUCCAUUUUUCCAAGAGGAUAACAGUAUGUGUUGUAGAAGUUGCGGAGAAAAUGUUCCAUAAGUCAGUCUUCUAGAACAAAUGAUCGUAUAAGAGUUUAUUUGGUCAUUUCAUUGAUAGGUUAGGGAAUUCAUUUUUUGCUAUUGAAAAAAAAUUUAAAGUCUAAUUGUUUGUUAAUAAAAAAGAAUGAAACCGAA